GAAUGCCCCUCGGCCCUACAGGACCAAACGACUCAGAGAGGGUGUGCGGUUCCACUGAGGACGCCCAGCGGAACAGCCGCCCCCGCCGCUAUGAGAUCCCCUGCCUGUCUAGCUCAAGCCCAAGCGCCCUCGCGGUCACGUGGCAUUUCUGGAACAUUCAGAACCUAACAGCCAGAAUGCAGGAGGGCCAGGCCGAGGCCACAGCGCUAAACAACGCGCGCAACUGGCGGUCGAGGACCAGGCAGCGCCCACAGGCUAGAACCUCUAUCUCGGUGAGCGGGCGAAGGGCUGGGGCCCUGUGCCGCUGGCGAUCCCGGGGACCGCCUGGAACUCGCGGCACUAGGGAUCCAGAUGGAAAGUAACCCAGAGGCACUGCAGCCGCCGGAGACACAGCUACAGUACCGGACUACGGCCAGGAUUGCCAUACGCCACGGGCGGGGCGAAACCCGGCCUUUUGAAAGGCAGCAAUUUAAACCAAUCAGCGCAAAGGGUUGGCAACCCUCCGCCCAAUUGGAAUCGCUCUCAUUCUGAAGGCGGUUCCGACAUGGAGUCCGGCCGCCCAAUGGGAGAGGUGGAAAUUUCCAGAACGAACGGAACCAAUGGGCGCGGCCAGCGCGGCUAUGAUUGGCAGAGCAAAAGACCAAUCUGUGUCGCAGAAGUCCGCUCCUCCCUCCGUUCGUGCAGCCUGAGAUGGGUCAAUGAGCUGAAAGAGAAAGGCAACAAGGCCCUGAGCGCGGGCAACAUCGACGAUGCCUUACAGUGCUACUCUGAAGCCAUUAAGCUGGAUCCCCACAACCACGUGCUGUACAGCAACCGUUCUGCUGCCUAUGCCAAGAAAGGAGACUACCAGAAGGCUUACGAGGAUGGCUGCAAAACUGUCGACCUAAAGCCUGACUGGGGCAAGGGCUAUUCACGAAAGGCAGCAGCUCUAGAGUUCUUAAACCGAUUUGAAGAAGCUAAGCGAACCUAUGAGGAGGGCUUAAAACAUGAAGCAAAUAACCCUCAACUGAAAGAAGGUUUACAGAAUAUGGAGGCCAGGUUGGCAGAGAGAAAAUUCAUGAACCCUUUCAACAUGCCCAAUCUGUAUCAGAAGUUGGAGAGUGAUCCCAGGACAAGGACACUACUCAGUGAUCCUACCUACCGGGAGCUGAUAGAGCAGCUGCGAAACAAGCCUUCCGACCUGGGCACGAAACUACAAGAUCCCCGGAUCAUGACCACUCUCAGCGUCCUCCUUGGGGUCGAUCUGGGCAGUAUGGAUGAGGAGGAAGAGGUUGCAACACCUCCACCACCACCCCCUCCCAAAAAGGAGACCAAGCCAGAGCCAAUGGAAGAAGAUCUUCCAGAGAAUAAGAAGCAGGCACUGAAAGAAAAAGAGCUGGGGAAUGAUGCCUACAAGAAGAAAGACUUUGACACAGCCUUGAAGCAUUACGACAAAGCCAAGGAGCUGGACCCCACCAACAUGACUUACAUUACCAAUCAAGCAGCGGUGUACUUCGAAAAGGGUGACUACAAUAAGUGCCGGGAGCUUUGUGAGAAGGCCAUUGACGUGGGGAGAGAAAACCGAGAAGACUAUCGACAGAUUGCCAAAGCGUAUGCUCGAAUUGGCAACUCAUACUUCAAAGAAGAAAAGUACAAGGAUGCCAUCCAUUUCUAUAACAAGUCUCUAGCAGAGCACCGAACCCCAGAUGUGCUCAAGAAAUGUCAGCAGGUGGGUAGGAAAGGAAUAGGGGUAUUUUCUUGUUUUCCUAAUAAUUGAGCCAUUGUUUCUUACUGUUUUAUUUAAUAACG